UCUAAACAAAUCAAUUCAAGUGGAAAAAAGUGAAAAUCUUAACAAAAAAAAAAAUGUUUUGUGAAUAAAAAAUUACUUAAUAUUUUUUACUGUGAAGUGAAUAUUUUUAUUUAUCAAAAUCAAUAAACACCAAUCAUAUCAUUUACACAACGUUCGUGGCUGAAACAGGCUUGGAACAGAAUAAAAAAAAAAUUAAAGGGGAAUAUUUCAAAGUCAAUUAGAGAGCAUUCACGUCAUUUUUUAUCGGCAGGAUAAAAAAAGUCACUCGUGUGCUAUAUGUAGUAUAGAACAAACAAAGGUGCUGCUGAUUUUUUGCGCAUAUCUUCAUCAUUAUUCAUUUAAGACGUGACGAAAUAAUUUUGCCACACGAAAAAAAAAAUAAAGUGAAUCAAAUUGAAAGAGGGACAUUAUUCACACCUUGUUCAAAAAGGAAGAGAAUAAAGUGAUUAACGGUGCAAAAAAAAAACUUGAAUGAAUUUUGGAAUAUUAUACAAAAUUGGAUUAUAUUGAAAUGACUAUCGGAUUAGUAGUGACUAAUUGAAGUGGAUUAAUAUUAUUAUUUUAAAGAUUCCAUGAGAGACAACUUUAGAUUUUCAGACAACUUCAUGCUGACGUUCAUUUGACCUCAUCUGUUGUUUUCUCACCGUUUUUCGACACCUUGAAAGACGCAGCAGCAACAACAACAUGACCGAUGCCCUGACGAAAUACACGGAGCUCCAGCAACUCACCAACAUCGAGUAUGAGCGGCAGCGCCAUCUCGCCAACUGGUUGAUGCAAUCGAGUAUCCACAUGCCGGAUCCGGGCACCAAUAACAGCAGCGGCGGCGGCAAGAAAAACAGCAAAAACAACAAGAAAGCGAGCAACAAAACGAGUGCCAGUCCCAUCAUUUUUCUCAACAAAAUCACGAAUAACCUAACGUCGAGCAAGCAACAAGCUCCGCCAGCCACGAUAAAUUCUCAAACGAAUCUGCCGCUGCAGAUUGUCGCGCAACGAGAUGGACACAAACCGAAAUUAAGGCGCUUUAAUUCGCAUGAUACGAGUGCAAAUAUGUUCUCGGUGGCGGAUUUCGAGAAUGCUCGCUUGGCACGACGGAAUGAAUUGGAAAAUGCGUCGUUGAUGAAGCAGCGGAAUCGGUACAAGAUGAACAGUCUUAGCUCGGGUGGUGAUUACUCGACGGGAGACAGCAAGGGAUCGAAAUUUAGCACAGAUUCAAUAUCGGAUCCAUUGCCGGUCGAACACUUUCUCGACAAGUUCCCGCUUCCGCGAGUCGUUCGUUUAACUUACGAUGAAAAUGUCGUGUGCACAAACACAAUGACCUCCUUCAGCUCGAACGAGUCCAACAACAACAAUACGACAACCAGCAUGGAAAUCGAGAAAACAAAACCAAAGAACGGAGAUUUGUUGCUGCUCUAUCGCCAUCUCAAAGAUCACAAGGUGUACCAUUUGAUGAAUGCGAAGGCGAGUUCACGGAAACGUGGCAUCAAGUUACCGCAGGAUUUUCAAGGGUAUUUUUCGCUCGUAAAUGAGCGUGGCGCCUCCACAGCGUGCUGCUACACCUCAAUUGUCCAGUUGGUGCGAGAGCGUGUCUAUAAAUUCCUGUCUGUGGAUACUUUGACGGCAUAUUCCGAGUCACAAACUGGCGAUAAACCACUCAGCAAGUCGCAUUACAUCAAGGGAACCGCAAAAGCUGGACAAGUUUUUCGUCUUUUAGCCGUUUUUCAGGAUGGAACGCAGCAGGAUCAGUCAAAGCCAUCUAGUCAGAGCAGCACAUUGAAUGGGCGCGAGAAGGAACGUGGCAGAUAUGCGCAACUUGUGGGUGAAAAUCGACAGAUUAUUUACGUGUCACUCUCAUCCAAGGGAAAAUUCUACGAAAUUGAACAUCAAACACCUCAAAUGAUGCAAGUACUUAAAACAAAUCGUCAGAUGACGAAGCCAAUCAAUCCGGAUUGCGUUCAUCGCAUAAGCAAUAUUAUCACGCCCGACACCGAACUACCGCUAAACUUGAAAUACAUAUCAGGGCCCGUUGGACACAACAUGAUUCCAGAAACUGUCACCGUUCAUCGCGUUUCCCGCGAAAACCUGCUGAUAGCAUGUCCGAUCGACGAAACGAGUGACGGAAGUGUCCUGCAACUGCGAAAAAUUCAUGUCGCGCCCAACAUGAAGCUCGUCAAGUGUUUCCUCGGUUUCGAAAAUGAGCAAAAAAUGGUUUCAAAUCCGAAUGUUCAGAACAUUUUCAAGUUCUGUCAGUUUAAUGCGGAUGAUUUUGCGCGAAAUGUCGAUGUUGAGCCCUUACCGGCGCACAUGAUCCACAGCGGAACGAAUCGCAUCAAAGGCGAAAGUUUAAAAAUUUUAAAUCCCUUGACGAAAUUGUUGAAAGCCGACAAGGGAAGCAGUCACAAUGCCUCGAGUGGUCACGAAAAGGAAGAUUCCAUCAUCUUUUUGAGCAAAAAUGAUUUGGAGAGCAUGACGAAUGUUUGUUCGAAUCCGCAAGCGAACGAUAAUUUCACAAACGAUCGCAUGAAAGUUUUUCAACCGGCAACGAAGAAGAGUUGGUUCAAGAAUUUACGUUCAAAGACGAAUUCUUACACGCAUUUGGAUGUGCAGGCGGCAAAAUGUGACGGCGUCGAUCGCUACAAAGACAUGAGCAAGUUGAUCCAGGAGCGAUUCGGAAACGUCGAAGAUGAUCGUCCGAGUGAAACGACGCCGCCACGUCCCAGCAGCGAAAUUGGCUUCAAAAAUGGCGUUUCUGAUACGCUGCAAAAGAGUUUUUCGCUCCAAGAUUUGGAUACAAAAAUCCUUCGUCCGGAUAUUUUGAAUGUGAGUGAACCGCAGCCCGACACAAGCACUCCAGUCAAAGACAAGACCGGCAAACCGCUUUUCACGGACAAACUUUACUCCGAGUUCCACGUGAAGACAAAGCAACACAGCAAGUCGUCAUCAUCGCUCCACCAACUCUUGCACUUGUCAAAAUCGAAACAGGAAUCUGCCACAACUGCCGUCUCGAAGACGCACAAAGACGAGGAACGGUAUCCGUUCGAGAUCAAGUUCGAGCGAAAGGAUUUUCCGACGAUGUUUGAGCCGCACGAACGUCAAGACGACUGUAGUUUGACAAUUUUGGACGAUUUGCCGUACAGCAGUGUACGUGAUUCGAUCAUCAUGCAGGAAGAGGAAGAACGAAGUGUUUCCCCAAAGGCACCAAGUGAAAAUAUUUACGCUGAACUCUUCACCGACAAACCGGAAUCUGUGACGUCGUCCGACACGAAGAAAAGUAAACGUGACAGUCUCAGCGAGAACCGGGAUGUCCCGAAUUUCCAUCGGAUUUCUGAGAUUAACAACAGUACGCGCAUCCGGAUUUGUCUCUUCAACGACGAUCCCAACCAAACUUUCACUGCGAAAAUCUAAAAAGUUAAAAAAAAACUCAAUCAAUCACUAAAUGUUACUACUUAUGGUAAAAGGUUUCAAUUCUAUCCUCGUUUAGACACAAAAACCCCAUUUAGUGGGCCUUGACUGACAAAAAGUCUUUCUUUCAAAAAAAAUAUCGUAACCAACAUCAAAAAAUUCCUUCUAAAGGAACACUUUUUACUAAAAAAAAUAUAUUUAAAAGUUAAGAAAAUAUUUAAAAAUAUUCGAGAAAAAUUUAAACCAAAGUGCAUACUACACCGGUUUUGUGAUAAUUUUUACUCUUCAUUACUUUUUUUUUAAAUUUAAUCUAUAACGACAUUCAACUCUACUUUACUAACUUAACAUUCAAGAAAUUACCUGAUUCUGUAUUAUUUUACACUAAACCACGUUGUCUAGUAGAGACCCCAUCAUAGUAAUCGUAGAGCAAACAAAAUAUUCAAAACACUUUCACGUAAACAAAAAAAAAUUAUAGUAGAUGGUACCGAUAACUCAAAAAAAAAUGAAAGAAACUGAAUGAAUUUAUAUAAAAAAGGCACAAAAAUGAAAUUUUAGGCACGUUUUCUUAAUUUUUUUUCUUGAUGAAAAAAUGUUAGAAAUUGAUAGAUUUAUAUAAAAAACGAAAUUAAUAAAAAAAAAUAAAAAAA